UUCUAAUCGGCAGUGGGUCUGUUGGCCGCUUACUAAAAUGAAUUAUACUUUUCUCAUCAGCAGAUGUGACCCCACAUUGAAGAAGCUGUGGUCGGCAUAGGUUGACUGCCUUAUUCACUGCCGUUGAUUCUGAGAAGAGCCGUUUCUUUUCUUGCAUCCAUCCGACAGAGCCUCAUCAGAAUGGAGCCUCAAGCACCAAGUGGGAAGAUAGAACAUACUCAUUUGAGCAGUGCAGAGCUGAGACUGUUGUACGAGGAGGCCCUGUACACAGUUAUCCACGGCAGCGGUAAACCAGAUGGCUGCCACUGCGAAAACAAGUACGACCUGCUUCAGUACCUGCAGAGUGCUUUCCAAAUAGACAAAGCGGAAAAUGAGGUGAUUCAGGAGCAAGUUCGAGACCUGAAGCCACCCUCCCCCUAUCUGAAGCUGACAGUAAAGGAAGCCAAAGGGAUUAUUGGGAAGGAUGCGACUGGCUUCAGUGACCCCUACUGUUUGCUGGGGCUGAUGUCAUCGGAAGAACAUCAAGAAGAGGAGGCCCAGAGAUCGAACAGCCCCCUGCCUAGGAGGCGACAGAAAGCCAUGAUGAAGGAGGCAAUCCCUCAGGAUCGAAUUCAGAAAACAGAGGUCAAGAGGCAGACCCUGAACCCCAUUUGGAAUGAAACCUUCCUCCUGAAAGUCAAGGAUGUCCAUCAUACUGAACUGUACAUAGAAAUGUGGGACCUGGAUGACGAGGAGUCUGUGAAUAUCCGACUGGCUGAGAUCCACGGGAUCCAUGGGCUGAAGAGGCUGUUCAAAGAUGUGAAGAAGGCAGCUCGAAAGAACGAACAGGAUGAUUUUCUGGGAAAUUUGGUGGUUAAACUGCAGGACUUGCCCUAUACUCCUGAAGAUAAAUGGUACCCUCUGGAGCCCUGCACUGAGACCUACCCUGACCGAGGAACGUGUCACCUGCAUCUGAAACUUAUCCACGAAGAGAGGGACACCACCCUGAGCAAACGAGAGCCCGUUUUCCGAAUUCAUCGUGGCCUGUUGCAGCAGUUCGUGCAGUUUGAGAAACUGCUGAAGAAACAGUCCGGGGAUGUCCAUGGGGAAGUGGAGCUCAGUGCACCAGCCUCCACCAUACUGUCUCUUCAUGCCACGCAGAAUGAUCUUUCACCCUUCCACCAGGACAUGGCGAAGUGGCUGGCCUACAGCAAGCUGUACCGGUGUGUGGAAGUCAGCUACAUCUGUCUGCUCCAGCACCUGACCAGCAUCGAGUACCAGUGGGGACUGGCACAGGUCACCCUCAAACAACAGGCGCAAGAUGAAUUGGCAGAGUCUUUCACAUCAUUCCUGGAUUACGGAAUCUCUCUCAUCCAGAAGUACAGGGAAGUUUUUCCGAUCUCUGAUCCCAAAUCGAUUGAUCACCAGCUGUCCCUGCUCAGGAUACUGGUGCAAAUCUAUAAGAUGAAAGCUUUCAACAAACUUUGUUCAUCAGUUCCUGAUCUCCAUGACAGAAUCAUUGAUGCUGUAACGGCCGGCACUGUGGAGUGGUACCAUGCCCAGAAACAGCUGCUGGAGCCCAUGAUAAAGUCUGAGGAAGAGAAUAUGAAAUCGCUGGUGCUACUCAUCGAUCAGCUGAAUACUGGCCUUACAAGCGACCGGAAAAAACGAGCAAAGAUUUUCACAGGCACCGUCAAAGUCAAUCUAUUCAAUGUCACUUAUCUGCUGAUCCAGAAAUUGGUGGCAGAGGAUCUGCAGGAACAAGUGAUAAGUACUGGAGGCGGCAGGUCGAAGGAGGUCGUUGAGAGUCUCUACCAGUUAUACCAGAACAUCAGGCUGCUGCUGCACCAACAAAUUUACUUAUUACCAAAUGAAGGUUCGCUUGCACUUAGUGACUUCUACAAAUGGUUCAGUGAUUCUUUACCAAAGUGGUUACAGAUGGUGUACAACAACACAGUGGAGAUGGUCCAGCGAGCUGUGCAGAAAGAUCAGCUGCAAUGUCUGGGGGAGAAGACUAAGCACAGCACCUCCGCAGUGGAUAUUGCAACCUGCUACCUCAAGAUCAAGCAGACAUGGACACAAUUGAGUUGGCCGGAUUCUGAGGAAGCGUUUGUCAUCAUGGUCAAGCUGACCGAGGAUAUGUGCAAGAUUGCAUUAAUGUACUGUCGACUCAUCGAGCAGAGGGCAGAGGAGCUGUCAACCAACAAAGAUCAUGCCAACCAAAGUGGUUCAGACGUGAAUGCCGUGAGGUCACCCCAGCUCUGUGUGGUUCUCAAUAACAUGAGGCAUCUCCGAGUGAUCAUCUCCCAGCUGCCAGAAGACCUGGACUGGCAAGGCCUGAAGGAAGAUACAGCCAACAUGAUUUCAGUGGAUCAGAUCCAGAACACACUGCACACCCAGCUGAAAAGAGUCAACGGUUCAAUCAACAAUAAGAUCCAGGGUGUGAUCCAGACCCUUGCUCAGAAGCUGCAAGCAGACAUAAAGAAACACAUCCACAAUCUGUCCACAUCCUGUCAUGAUGUGCCUUUGGAAAAUGUGAUUGAGCCCUUAAUGAAAUUUCUGGACAAUGAAUUUGCAUACAUGGAUAGAAACCUGGUACAAGAGAAUUUUCAAAGCCUUCUAGGUUUCCUCUGGACACACAUAAUUGAUGUCAUCAACUUGACGUCGUAUCAGUGUGGUGUUUCCCAAGCACUUUAUUCGAGGCUGAGAUACACUUUGCAGUGCCUGCUGCACAGCUUCCACGCUGAGGGAAACGGGCUGCCACUGGACAAACUCCAGACCGCCAGCUUUGAGGUUCUUGAAGCUCAUUUGGCUCUGAAUGCAGCAAGCACCCAUCAGCUGAUCCAGAAGUAUUGUACAAAGAAAAUCCAGCAGCAGGCUACUGUGGAAACAUCCAAGUACGGUGCCGUGACUGUCAAAGUGUUUUACGACAACCAACUCCAAACGCUCCACGUUGAAGUCCUGAAUGCCGUCAACCUCAUUCCACUGGAUUCCAAUGGUGCCAGUGAUCCUUUCGUGGAGGUGACUCUGCAACCUAAGCAUGUCUUUCCAAUGGUGGAAGGCAAAACCACACAAUGCAAGUACAAAGACCUCAACCCUCUCUUUGAUGAGACCUUCGAAUUCAGUAAUGUUACUCCAGAGCAGUGUCGGAGUGAAGGAGCCUGCGUGCUGUUCACUGUAUUUGACCACGAUACCCUGGUGAGUGAUGACCUGGAAGGGGAGGCCUACCUCCCCCUAGAUGACAUCCCAGGACUGGACAGCACAGAGGAAGCCCUCACCAACACCAGGGUACCUCAGACACGACUGACUCUUGGCCACCCAAAACCUAAAGAAUACGAUAUACUGAAGUUGUUAGAGGCACGGAAAGGAGACCGAGAUGCUCAGGCUUUCAUUAAAAUCCGAAAACAACGGGAAAGGAAGUCGAAGGAGACGUAGAAGUGGCCACAGCCUCGGGAGGACGCACCGACACUGGAUGGGAUCCACAAGAGCAAACUUUUAGGCACUGAAGGACAGCAUGCCCACGGACAAACGCCCCGUCUGACAGUCAUUUAUUCCCAGUGUGUGGUGACUGGGUCCUACCUUCACCUCAAGCUGCUGGUGAAGCUGACGAGGGAUAGAGAAUGCACACACAUUACAGUGGUGGCCCUAAGGUUACAGUGACUCUUCAACAUGCUCACCUUCAGCUGCCUACAGGCCCACGGUUGGUUAUCACACUCUUGCUUUUGUAGCCACAGGAUUUCCAAUAGAUUCGACACAGAGAUUAUUUCCUUCAGCUGAUCGCAAGCCCACUGUGUGUUGUUAUGUAUUUUAAUUCCAACCAGUUAAAACAGCAAGAUAGAUUAGAUCAGGUUAUAUGUGUGUGUUUUAGCAUUUUAUUUAAUAUAAGUAAAGUUUGUGUUCGGGUUCAGCAUUAAUUGUUCUGCAGCUAUUUGCACCAGACAUUGUACAGUACCAGCGCUGCCCAGGUUGGGCACCAACUUCAAUUUUCCAGUCACCUCAGGUGAAUGAAGGCUCUGCCCUGCCAGUGACACCAACAUUAAUGUAAAAUGCCAUAGGUGCCAAACAAUAGCUGAAUAAGAACUUUGGAGUUGUCCCACUGUUCUGACCAAUAAUUCUCCUCCAAUAAACGCGUCAAAACAGA